AUGAAUACAAACGACGUAAAUAGCUUCGACGUCGGUCGAAGACCACGGCCCAAGUCCUCCAUCCUCGAGGGCUUCAUGCAUCGUCGUCAAGCUUCCACCGAUACCCAUUCAUUCCAGGCCCCCUUCGAUGGUCCUGUCUCUCCUAUACAGCCAAAGAUCAUGGCCUUUGAGAACUACUCCAACCCAGGGGCACUGGCAGAACUACAAUACAACCAGCAAGAGUCCUCCGGACGCUUCUCACGGCGACAGGACCGAGGCCGAUCACAGUCCCCGACCAAGAGCAGCUUUGGCAACUUCACCAUCAUAACAGCACCCGGCAAAGAAGCCAAAGGCUCGAAAUCUCGCGAUCCCUCUCCCACUAAACCGAAACGGCCAAAGUCAACAACUAACCUAGCUGGUCUGCUCAAGCCCAAGACGCUGCGAAACUUGGGCAGGUUCGGAUCCGACGACAAUGUCAAUUCAUCCAAGGACAAGGAAAACAGAACUCCCGAAGAACCUGUAGCGGACCCUGCACCGACACCCAUUUAUUCUCAGUUUGCCUCUCGACCGAACAUUGAACCAGCCCAAAGUACACGCCGUAGUAUGGACGAAGCACGGGCACCAAAUGCUCAGGAUCUUUAUAAUGGCAGUCGAGUCGCCGUCAAGGAGCGACCGAAAUCAUACCAUCCCAUGCUGGGAAGAAUGGAACCACCCCCCUCACCAACCAAGGCACGCACUUCUAACGAUUCCCGAAAGGGAUCAAAAGACUCGACUGAGGCCAAGAGUAAGAGCGGUCGAGGUAAGGUCUUGAGCGUCUUUACUACAUUCAACCACAGCCGAUCCAAGUCAACGUCAGUUGUACCUGAGCCGACUGAGGCCGUGCUUGACCCCAAGGAUAUUGACAAGCACCUUGAAGCCAUGUUGGACCGACGGAACAUUCCAGAGAACCAGAGGUACAAGAUGAGGAACCUGAGCAACACUAUCAAGAUGGAGUUUAUCCGCCAGGACUGGGCGGAAUCACAGGCUUCUCGGACAGAGAGAUCAUGCUCAACAGACAGCGCCAACAGCGGCUUGGUCAUAGAAGCCGGUAUGCAAAAUGAGGAGAAACAGAAGCGAUCACGAGGCAAGAGUUUUACUCUCUCACGAGGAAGAAAGGAACCAAAGGAACCAGGCUCUCCCAUCAAAAAGUCAAAGGGCGAAGGGACAUUGGGUCGUCAUUUCAGAAGCAAGUCCACCGACAGCGUGGUCAGCGAAGGGCCUCCUGGGUCCAGCGGCUCCGUAUCCAACUCUGGAAUUCUUUCCAAGAUUAAGCUCAACCAAGGCCCAGGCGAUUACGUGGCCUAUCUUAGAAAGGUUCAAAAACCAGAACUUGUCGAGGUCGGCAAAGUUCACAAGCUACGACUGCUUCUCAGGAACGAGACAGUGGCAUGGAUCGAGGACUUCAUUCAGCAAGGCGGCAUGAAGGAGAUUGUAGGUCUGCUCAACCGCAUCAUGGAGGUUGAAUGGAGGGAGGAACAUGAAGAUGCACUGCUGCACGAGAAUCUUCUCUGUCUAAAGGCACUGUCGACGACAGCUCGCGCCAUGCAAUAUCUUCACACGAUCCAGAGCGAUCUAUUUCCCAAGCUCCUACAUAUGCUUUUCGACCCAGAGAAGAAGGGUCCCAGCGAGUUCACCACUCGUAACAUCAUAACAUCCGUCUUGUUCACGUAUAUUGAGUCUGCUGCACCAGCCGAACGGUUCACAAGAGCCCAGAGCAUUCUCGCACACCUCAGAGACCCCGAGCCAAAGGAGGAUCAGCGCCCAUUGCCAUUUGUCCUAGAGAUGAGACAAGAAAGGCCAUACCGCGUUUGGAGCAAGGAGGUUGUUAGCGUCACUAAGGAAGUGUUCUGGAUCUUCCUUCACAACGUCAACGUUGUAUCCCUUCCUUCGGACCGCCCCUCGACGUGUGACCCUGCCCCCGGUCCGUACGGUUACAUGCUUCGACAUUUCCCUCAAGAGCGCCCCCCGGUCCCAGCAGCACCAUAUGUGGGCGGAGUCGAAUGGGAUGCGACCAACUACCUGGCUUCUCAUCUCGAUCUCAUGAACGCCAUUUUGGCCUGCACACCGACACAAGAGGAGCGCAACACUCUCCGCGCACAGUUCCGAAUUUCGGGAUGGGAGCGAUGCCUUGGUGGUAGUCUACGACUCUGCAAAGAGAAGUUCUAUGGAAGCGUGCAUGACGGGCUUCGGACAUGGGUCGGAGCGGCGGCCGAGGAUGGUUGGGAUGUCAAGGAUGUGCGAUACGGGCCGCCCCCUGACGCUCGGGCUUCACCAAAGAAAACUGGAGGUGGUCAGAAGAAACCGGUCGAGGCGGCGCCAAAGCUUGAGAUGCCGAAGCUCGAUUUUGGGUUGGAUAAGGCAUCCACUCCGAGUAAGGAGAAGGACAUGUGGCUGUGA